UUGCGGAGGAGAGGAGCGUUAUUUAUAAGAGCGUGUAUGGAAACAUAAAGAGAAACCGCUCCCUAGCUUUAUUCGACUAAAAUGGCCAAAAAUACAUCUCUUUAUUUUCGAAUUGUCGAGGGCAGGAACCUCCCGGCCAAAGACGUCUCCGGAACCAGCGACCCAUACUGCAUUGUAAAAGUUGACAAUGAAGUUGUGGCCAGGACCGCCACAGUAUGGAAGAACCUUAAUCCUUUCUGGGGUGAAGAGUACACACUGCACCUCCCGAUGGGAUUCCAUUCACUGUCUUUCCAUGUCAUGGACGAGGACACGAUUGGUCAUGAUGAUGUUAUUGGAAAGAUAUCUCUGAGCAAAGACACGAUCGGAUCUCAAGCUAAAGGGUUAGAUAGCUGGCUGAACUUAACGAGGGUCGACCCAGAUGAGGAGGUCCAAGGGGAGAUCCAUCUGAGUCUGGAGCUGCUGAAAGACACAGAAAAAAUCAGUUUAAGAUGUCAAGUCAUUGAGGCCAGAGACCUUGCUCCAAGAGACAUCUCUGGUACCUCUGAUCCAUUCGCCAGAGUUAUUUUCAACAACCACAGCGCAGAAACUUCGAUUAUCAAGAAGACUAGAUUUCCUCACUGGGGAGAGACUCUGGAGCUGGAGCUGGACCCACAGGAGCUGAGGGAGGAGGGGUCUGUUAAUGUGGAGGUCUGGGAUUGGGACAUGGUGGGCAAGAAUGACUUUCUAGGAAAGGUGGAAAUCCCCUUUGCUUGUUUGCACAAGACACCUCUGUUAGAGGGCUGGUUUCGUCUUUUACCCUUGGGAAAUAGUGAGGGUGAUGCUGGUGGAAAGCUUGGAGCGCUCCGCCUGAAGGUGCGUUUAGUGGAGGAUCGUAUUUUACCAUCUGUGUACUAUCAGCCACUCAUCGACCUCCUGGUUGAGUCAGUCAUUUCUCCAACGGAGGUUGAGGAUAGCAGUGCUUUGACCAUGCUGGAGGAGGUGACAACAGUUGAGAGUCGCCAGGAUGUGGCAAUGACCCUGGUGAAAAUCUACCUGGGUCAGGGCCUGGUGGUUCCAUUCUUGGAUUACCUGAACACCCGAGAGGUCAACCACACCUCUGAUCCAAACACAUUAUUUCGCUCCAACUCACUUGCUUCUAAAGCCAUGGAACAGUUCAUGAAGGCUGUUGGCAUGCUGUAUCUGCAUGAGGUUCUGAAGCCAAUCAUUAAUCGUAUCUUUGAUGAGAAGAAAUAUAUUGAACUGGAUCCAUGCAAGAUCGACUUGAACCGCACAAGGCGGAUUUCAUUUAAGGGUGCAGUGUCAGAGGCAGAGGUGCGGGACAGCAGUGUGGAGAUGCUGCAGAUCUAUUUAACCAGCAUCAUUGAAUCAAUAGUGGGCUCAGUCGAUCAGUGUCCACCAGUCAUGAGAGUGGCCUUCAAACAGCUGCAUAAGAGGGUAGAGGAGCAAUUUGCUGAACCUGAGAACGAGGAUGUGAAGUAUCUGGCAAUUAGUGGAUUCUUUUUCCUGCGUUUUUUUGCGCCCGCUAUCCUCACACCUAAACUGUUCCAGCUGAGGGAUCAGCAUGCUGAUACACGUACGAGCAGAACACUGUUACUACUGGCCAAGGCUUUACAAAGUGUGGGGAACUUAGGCCUUCAGCUCGGUCAUGGAAAGGAGCAAUGGAUGGCGCCUCUUCAUCCCAUCAUCCUUCGUAGUGUGGCCUGUGUUAAAGACUUUCUGGACAAGUUAAUCGACAUAGACCAUGACAUUGCGACUGAGGCACCUCUGAGGGCUGUUUUCAUGCCAUCAGUGACAGUUAAAGAAGGAUACCUCCACAAACAUAAGGCAGAGGGGCCCCAACUGCUAUCCAGGUUUGCCUUCAAGAAACGUUACUUCUGGUUGACGAGUGAGACGCUGUCGUAUGCUAAAACCCCUGACUGGCAGGUGCGCUCUUCAACUCCGGUUCAGUGCGUGUGUGCAGUGGAGAGGGUGGAUGAAAAUGCCUUUCAGCAGCAAAAUGUAAUGCAGGUCAUCACCCAGGACAACGACGGGCAGCUGCACACCAUGUACAUCCAGUGCAAGAAUGUGAACGAGCUCAACCAGUGGCUGUCUGCGAUCAGAAAAGUCAGCAUCUACAAUGAGCGCAUGCUGCCCUCUUUCCACCCAGGAGCUCAUCGCAGCGGCAAGUGGACCUGCUGCCUACAGACGGACCGUGCUGUUACAGGGUGUAGUCGAACCCACUCUGCUGUGACUCUGGGUGACUGGAGUGACCCACUGGAUCCUGACGUGGAGACUCAGACUAUAUACAAGCAGCUUCUCCAGGGCAGAGACAAACUCAGGAAAAAGUAUCUGGAGAUGCCAGACACUGAUCAGACACCCAGCAAUAAAGAAAAGACGAUAAACUCUGACAUUCAUCCAGAUGGUGCAGAGAGCAAUGUUCACCUCCUGAAGACAGGUCAAAGUGUUGCAGCGCGAGUGUUGGCAGUGAUCGAAGACCUGGAAAAGGCUCACGUCACUUUCCAACGCAGAGAAAAGGAGGACACCACCUGUGUCAUUCUGAAUCCCUAGCCUGAACUUGCAGUGGGAUCCACACUGAUGCCCGAGGGAGGCCCAGUGUUCUGUACCAACACGAGUGAGCAUCAGAUAUUCACUUGAUUGCCGGGGAAGAAAAGUGGCCACAGGGGGCAACCUCUUCCAGCCUUUUAGAGCAUUUUCCUCUGUAUGAGUGAGGGGAGUUGUGUCACUUUGAAUCUUUUGUAUUCUCUGAGUGCCACCAACUGCAGCAGCGUCAGGGAGAGAUUAUGAUACUUGAUGAUAAAGGGGGCUGAGGGACUUUGAAACAUGACCUGACUUGAUAUUUUUUAUGUAGAUAAGAAGCAAUCUGUUGCAUGGCCUGCAUCCACUUGUUGUGAAAUGUGAAAAGAAUUUUUUAUAUUUUGACAUACUGUAAAGGACCCUGGUCCAAUGUUUUUAUGCAAAAAAGCUUGUUGUAGUGUAAUGUACAGUAACUGAAUGUAAGGUGUCUUUUAAAUAUUGCUUUUUACUAAUAUUUUGUAUCAAUGAAAGCAAGUAGUCACUGGCCGCAAUGUAGCAAGCAACAUUGUAGAUAAUACCCCUACUCUAUGAAUUGCCACAGUAAAACAUUGCCUGUGCAGUGAGCAAAGUGAAUAAUAUUUUAACAGUGAGUGAACACGAUGUUGCUUUGGGCCCUUUAUACAAAACAAUGUGCUUUUGUUUGGUGCUGUCGCCAGUGCACUUCAGUUUAACUGUUUGAAUCUGUCCUGCUUAUUCAGAAUGUUUUUUUUUUUUUUUUUGUGCAGUCUAUGAUACAUUAUUUAAGCCAUUCCAAAUAUAUGGGUAAUAUUUACCUGCUAAAUUCAUACAUUUAAAAGAUCAAUUUGUAACGGAAGCUUCAAUUGUAAUACAUUUUAUUAAGAUUUUGGUGCCACUGUAUUUGGCUCACAAGUGUCAGCAUAACUUUGAAAUGCCAAUUGUUUUGUUUUUUUAAUGAAAAAAAAAAAAAACAAUAUUGAAGCUUUCAAGUGAAAUUUGCUUAUUUAUGCGAGACACUUGAACUGUACAUGGACAUGUUGUGAAGCCAUUUCUCAUAGAGCGAGUAGUGUUUAGUGUCUUUUGUCUUAAGCAGAGAAGGUCAGUGACUGUAAUGGAGAUCAGAUCUGUGAUCUCAGAUAGCCUCAGCAGGCCACCCUGCCUCUGAACAUUACAUUUUGUUCUGGUACAGCUACUGUAGUGUAUUUUUGACUUUUACAGCAAGAUCUGUAGAAUGUUUAUGUGUAAUUCUUCCUGCUUUAGGGUAAAAAUUAUAGCAUACCUGCCAGACAUGACAAUCAAAAGUGUACACUGAAACUGCUCUUCAGUACUAUGGUUUUCUAAUGAUUGCUGAAACUGGCUAAAAUAAUCUGCUCUAUUAAUGUUCCCUACAGGAGGGCUUUUACGGGAAAAAAAGAAAACACUUCCUGUACUUUAUUUUGCAAGUACACUAAUGGUUUGUUCCAAGUGAAUUGUUACUGUGAACUAAAACAAAUGUAUUGUUCAGUAAACUUUUCAUUCAUCAACAAA